AUGGCGGCCAAAAUGCGUCAUCUCCUCGUCACCAUUCCCUUGCUGCUCCUCCUCGUAUCGGUUGCCCUUGCCGCCAACAAUUCGUCCACCACAAAGCCUGUUGCCAGACGCGGCAGCAAUCGUACGGCAGUUGCGCGCCGCUCCCCACCGGUGCCGUCCGCGGGAAGCACGGCGGGGCGAUCGAAGCAACGGGGAAGCACGGCGCGCACGCCCGCUCCUCCCACGAGGAAGCGCACGAGCCCGUCGACAGGCAGUCCGACGCGGAGCCCCGUCUCGGCCAAGGGAGGGCGCAAGGUGCGCGUUCCGCGGGCCGGUACGACAGCACCGAGCAGCAGCCUGAGCUUGAUCAAGCUGCCCAAUAACCGCUACAACGCCAAGUGCCUAGAUGGCAGUCCGCCCACAUAUUACCUGCGCUCGGGGCACGGCUCGGGCGCCAGCUCGUGGGUGAUCUACCUGCAGGGCGGCGGCUGGUGCACGUCCGUCACCGCCUGCGCGGCGCGCGCAAAGACGGUGCUCGGCAGCUCCAACUUUUACCCGCAGCCGUCCGAUCCCAACUUCGACAAGACCAUGCGCGACUACGGCAACGCGUUCACGGGCAUUCUGAGCAACAGCUCCGCGGAGAACCCCGACUUCUACAACUGGAACCUCGCCAUGGUCGUCUACUGCGACGGCGGCGGCUUCGCCGGCACGCGCCGUCAGUACAACCUGCCGGCUGGCGGGUCCAUCUACCUGGACGGCGCGCGGGUGUUCAAGUCCGUGCUGGAAGACCUGUACGAGCGCGGGUUGCUGCAGGCGCGCAAGGUGCUGUUCACGGGGUGCUCGGCGGGCGCGCAGGCGGUGUCGUCGAUGUGCGACCGCGUGGCGACGUACUUGCCGCCGGGGUCGGUCAAGUGCAUGAUGGACGCCGGCUUCUUCCUCGACGGAUGGGACGUGACGGGGCGCAUGUACUUCCGCGACCUGUCCAUGCGCUUCACGGAGCUGCACCGCCCCGCCGUCGAGCAGGGCUGCGGCGAUGCGUACACGGGGUCGACGGAGUACUGGCGGUGCUUCUUCCCGCAGUACAACGUGGAGUUCAUCGACACGCCGCUCUACAUCGUCAACUCCAUCAACGACUACGCCGCCAUCGAGAUCCUCAACUACGCGCAGAACACCUCCAAUAAUGUCCUCAAGUGCCUCGCUGAGCUCGCUCCCAACGACGGCAGCGGUGGCUACGUGCCGCGCGCCACUCGCAACCUGCUGGCCAGCGCAGCGGCGGGAGCAAGGGGGGGUCGCACUAGCAGGAGCAGUGUCGGCAGUAGGCCGGCGGCAAGCAACUCGUCGUGCACGGUACAGGCCCAGGCGGCGCUGAAGAGUUACUCCACACGCAUGCUCAAGCGCAUUCAGAGCCUCGUGAGGCGACGACCGCAACUGGGCAGCUACUUGCUAGGGGCAAGUGCCCACUGCACCACCAUCUACCCCACGUGGAGCAGCAUUAGCCGCAAGGGGGUGUUCCUUAGACAGGCCAUCUCUGACUGGUACUUCAAAGGCGUAUACGGAGUCACUGCCAAGAUGGUGAAGUUUACGUUCGAGGAUUUGCGCGCGAUCAUGGACAAGAAGAACAACAUCCGUAACAUGUCCGUGAUUGCGCACGUGGACCACGGCAAGUCGACUCUCACCGACUCGCUCGUGGCUGCUGCUGGUAUCAUCGCGCAAGAGACUGCCGGUGACGUCCGUCUAACAGACACCCGCGCCGAUGAGGCGGAGCGCGGUAUCACCAUCAAGUCCACUGGCAUUUCGCUUUACUACCAGAUGACCGACGAGGAGCUCGAUGGUCUGGAAGGUCCCAGGGACGGCAACGAGUACCUGAUCAACCUGAUUGAUUCGCCCGGUCACGUUGACUUCUCGUCUGAGGUCACUGCUGCCCUUCGUAUCACCGAUGGUGCGCUCGUCGUCGUGGAUUGCAUCGAGGGUGUGUGCGUGCAAACCGAGACCGUUCUGCGCCAGGCCCUUGGUGAGCGUAUCCGGCCAGUCCUUACCGUGAACAAGAUGGAUCGCUGCUUCCUGGAGCUGCAGCUCGACGGCGAGGAGGCUUACCAGACGUUCCGUCGUGUGAUUGAGAACAGCAACGUCAUCAUGGCCACCUACGAGGACAAGCUGCUGGGCGACGUCAUGGUGGCGCCCGAGAAGGGUACCGUGGCGUUCUCCGCCGGUCUGCACGGGUGGGCGUUCACGCUGACCAACUUCGCGAAGAUGUACGCUGACAAGUUCAAGGUGGACCGCAAGAAGAUGAUGGAGCGCCUGUGGGGUGAGAACUUCUUCGAUACCGCCACCAAGAAGUGGACCACCAAGAACACCGGCUCGCCCACUUGCCAGCGCGGUUUCGUCCAGUUCUGCUACAACCCUAUUAAGCAGGUUAUCUCGGCGGCGAUGAACGACGAGAAGACGAAGCUGUUUCCCAUGCUGGAGAAGCUCCACGCCGUGCUGCCCAGCGACGCCAAGGAGCUGUCCGGCAAGCCGCUCAUGAAGCGUACCAUGCAGGCGUGGCUGCCCGCCCAGGCGGCGCUGCUGGAGAUGAUGAUCUUCCACCUGCCGUCGCCCGCCAAGGCGCAGAAGUACCGUGUGGAGAACCUGUACGAGGGUCCCCUGGACGAUCAGUACGCGAAUGCCAUCCGCAACUGCGACCCUGAGGGCCCGCUCAUGCUUUACGUGUCUAAGAUGAUUCCCGCCUCUGACAAGGGUCGCUUUUUCGCCUUCGGGCGUGUGUUCGCCGGUAAGGUGGCGACGGGCAUGAAGGUGCGCAUCAUGGGCCCCAACUACGUGCCCGGCAGCAAGAAGGACCUGUACGUCAAGUCCGUGCAGCGUACCGUCGUGUGGAUGGGUCGCAAGCAGGAGUCUGUGGAGGAUGUGCCUUGCGGUAACACGGUGGCCAUGGUGGGGCUGGACCAGUUCAUCACCAAGAACGCCACGCUCACUGGCGAGAAGGAGGUGGACGCGCACCCCAUCAAGGCCAUGAAGUUCUCGGUGUCACCCGUCGUGCGUGUGGCCGUGCAGUGCAAGGUGGCGUCCGACCUGCCCAAGCUGGUGGAGGGGCUGAAACGCCUGAGCAAGAGUGAUCCCAUGGUGGUGUGCACCAUUGAAGAGAGCGGCGAGCACAUUGUCGCCGGCGCUGGCGAGCUUCAUCUCGAGAUUUGCCUCAAGGAUCUUCAGGACGACUUCAUGGGAGGAGCUGAAAUCAUUAUCUCGGACCCCGUGGUGUCUUUCCGUGAGACUGUGCUGGACCACAGUGAGCGCACCGUCAUGGCCAAGUCGCCCAACAAGCACAACAGGCUCUACUUCCAGGCCAGGCCUCUGGAGGACGGGCUCGCUGAGGCCAUCGACGAGGGCCGCGUUGGCCCCCGCGAUGACCCCAAGGGCCGUGUUGAGAUCCUCACGAAGGAGUUUGGCUGGGACAAGGAAAUUGCGCGCAAGAUUUGGUGCUUCGGGCCCGACACUAUGGGACCUAACAUCAUUGUUGACAUGUGUAAGGGAGUGCAGUACCUGUCUGAAAUCAGGGAGCAUGUGGUGGCUGGUUUCCAGUGGGCCAGCAAGGAGGGUGCUCUGGCGGAGGAGAACAUGCGUGGCAUUGCCUUUGAGCUGUAUGAUGUGGUGCUGCACACUGACGCCAUCCAUCGUGGUGGUGGCCAGCUCAUUCCCACGGCUCGCCGUGUGUUCUAUGCUGCCCAGCUCACUGCAAAGCCGCGUCUGCUGGAGCCCGUGUACCUGGUGGAGAUCCAGGCGCCGGAGGGUGCUCUGGGUGGUAUCUACUCCACACUGAAUCAGAAGCGUGGCCAGGUGUUCGAGGAGAUGCAGAGGCCGGGUACCCCCCUGUACAACAUCAAGGCGCAUCUGCCUGUCAUCGAGAGCUUUGGCUUCUCUGCUCAGCUGCGUGCUGCCACGUCUGGGCAAGCGUUCCCCCAGUGCGUGUUUGACCACUGGGAAAUGCUCAUGUCGGAUCCCCUGGAGCAAGGCACCCAGGCCUUCAAGAUUGUGGAGGACAUCCGCAAGCGUAAGGGUAUCAAGCUUCAGCCUCCUCCCCUCUCCGAGUGGGAGGACAAGCUGUAA